UAUGAUUAGGCUCAAAAAAUAAAUAAAAUGCUAAUUAUUUGUCCUUCAUAGGAUUAUUAGAAAUAUAAAACAUUUUAUCAAGAGAUAACUCAAAGAUCCUUUAGAAGUGAUCUUAUUUUGAGUAUGCUAGAUAGUUAUCAUUUAGAUUAAGAUUAAAUUUUUUAUGUUUUUGAAAUGGAAUAAUUUAAUUCUACUUUAAAUGAGAUUGAAUAAUAAUAUGAAAACAACAUAGGAUUUAUUGUUAAUGUUAAGAAAUAAAUUACUGAAUAUUUCAAUAACAGUCUCCAUAUUUUUUAUCAAACUAAAAAAUAUGAGUAAUAUUAGUAAGACUUUUACAUUUGCAUAUCUCAAGAUAAUUAACUAAAAGUCAAAUUAAAUCUGAUUGAUCCUCAUUGGAAAAUUCAAUCUGACAUUCAAAAGAAUAAGCCAUUAGAUUAAAUACAAGGUAAAAUUAAAAAAUAAAAUAUAUUUCAUAGAAAGUUAAGUGAAAUGGAGCAUGAAUAAAAAUUACCUGAAGAAAAAAAUUACAAAAUGAGUGAUAUUCCACAUUUAAUCAAUGAAUUUUGUAAUUCUUUUAAUACUUAAAUAGAAAAAAAAGAUUUGUUGUUGAGAAUUUAAAAUAAUUAUGCAAAUAUUUUGAAAUUCCAUCCAAAAUAAAUUUUUGAGAUGAUUUAAAGUCAUCCACUUUAUGGAGAAUUUCAAGUAAAUUACUUAGAUGAGUUAGAAUUUGAAUUAAUAGCUAAAAAAAGAGGCUAAAUAAUCAUAUUAAAAGGACAUUAGCUUAGUUCUUUAAGUAAAGCAGAAAAGCUAAAAUAAGAAUUCAUAAUUUUAAAUGAAAAACUAUAGUGUUACUCAACAAUUAUUAAUGUAGAUUUACUCAUGACUGAAAAUCACUAUUAUGUUUUAGUAGAAAAAUAAUUUUUUGAUUAUUAAUAUAAGGCUUCUUAUAGUUUUGCCAAUUUGAAUGAUUUAUAAUUGUCAAGUGAAUAUUAAAUUAUCAAUGCAUGCAGCUUUCUUUAUUUUAGUAGCAAACUUCUAAUUGAGUAUAAUUACUAAAUUACCAAAGUAAAUCCAUAGCAUUUACUAUUUAAAGAUUCUAAUUUAAUUAGUAGUGGACAUAACUACUAUCUUUAGUAAUAAUACUAACAAAAAACAAUAAAUACUAUAUUUCAAAAAGAUUUAUAUAGCAAUUAAUAUUAUGUUGAAUAAAAUCUUAAAAAGUUGGAUAUGUCUUAAAUAUAAGAAUUUAAUAAAACUUAGGAAAAAAUGCAUGCUAAAUUUGACAAAAGUAACAGAAAUAAUUUGUCAUCCUAAAUAAAAUCUCAAAAAGAAGCUGAGUUCAUAUUAAAAAAAUAUUUAAAAGAAAAAGAUGUUAUUAAUUUCGUCAUCGAUUCAGUUAGCUUGAAUGAUAAUCAAUCUUACUAUGCUAACAUUGUUAAUUAAAGUAUAAGAAAUAAUAGUAUUCUCAGAAAUUAUAUGGAUGAAAAUUUUUUAAAGUAGUAUGAAAAAGGUGCUUAUUAUAAAUUAGUUAAUUUGUUUUUUCAAAAGAUUUCUGAGAAUUCUAAAGAAGAAGUUGCCAAAAUAUAUAAUUGGUUAAUUCUUGGAUUUGAUAUUUUUAAUUCUUUAAAAAUUGAUAGAUUUAUUGAUAAAGAAUGUGUUUUCAUUUCAAAUAUUGAUUUUAGAAAAGUAAAAGUUCAAAUAAAUUACUCAUGGAAAUUAGAUCUUAUUGCAAAAAUACAUAGAAUUCACGAAGAUAUUUAAAUUAAUUCACUAAGAAUUCCUGUAGAUUUAUUUAACAAAGCUCAACACACUAAAAUAAAUCCCUCUCAAAAUAAAAACUCUUAUUAAAAAUUUGAAAAAGAAUUAUAAUUAUUAAAGUUAUUUUUUUCUUCUUAUGAUAGUUAAUAUUUUCUUAAUUUCUAGUAAUAAUUAUUAUCAUUCCUAUUUGAAGAAGUGACUAACUUAAAAGCAUUGGAACUUUAUACAAUUAAAAAGGGCUUGGUUAAUCUAAGUAAAAUUUAAAAUCCAGAAAUAUUAACUUAGGAUUAAUGUCAAUUAAUAUCUGAAAAUUCAUAUUAAACUUUAGUAAUUAAAUUUGAAAGUGAAGUAAGGUCAAUUUAUUUCAUUUAGAUUUUAAUAAUAGAAGAAGAGCUAUUUUAUUUGAGCAAAAAUAAUCCAUAUUUAUUGGCUAAAUAACCAGAAAAUAAGUCAUUUCAAGAAGUUAUGAAACUUGAGUUUAAUUACUAAAUGUAUUCUGAUUUAUUUAGACAAGAUUGUGCUUACAUAUUUCAAGAUAAUAAGCUUUAUGAUUUAUAAACUAGUUUCUUAUAAAAGCUUGAACACUUGCAAAAAUUAACUUUGUACUAUAAAAAAGGUGAAAGUGCCUAUUUCAAUUUGUUAGGAUGCAAAUAGAUUAUCCAGCUAAAUUUAGAACUUUAUUCUUAUAAUGGAGAGGAUUAUUAUAACUUAGAUAGAAUUAUAAAAUAAAUAGAUUAAACUAAAAUUAACAAAAUUAAAAUAUAUUGUACUACAUCUUAUGAUUAUGACUAUAAUGAUAGCUUAAAGCCUGAACUUGCUCCCUUUUACAAACUUAAAAGACUUGUAGAUAUAAGUAUAAAGGAAGACUACCUAGAUGAUACCAAAAGUAAUAGUGAAGGAGCUAAUUCAGAGGAUCACGAAGACUACUUUUUCACUCAUUUAUAAAAAUAAAAUAGAUCUUUUUGAUUAAAUUAAUAAAAAGAAAAAAUAAUCUUAAAAUGAUUUAUGGUUUGAUGGAAAAAAAUUAAAUAAUAUUUAAUUAUAAGUUUAAAUAAAUGUAUCAACACAGAAACAAACACUCUUUUGAUAUAAUUUUUUAUUUUAUUUUCGACUUAAGUUAGAAAUAAUAAAAUUAAUAAGAAAUUUC